AUGAUUACUAAUAUUUUGUUCAAGGGUAAAUUUACUCCCUUUAAGACCGCAGGCCAGCGCGGUCACCCCAGCAAGCUGGAGAAGCAAAGACCGGACGGCUCACGGGACCCUGAGGACACUCCUAGGCGGGGGCGACCAUGCGCCCCGGAACAGCCACAGGGCAGGGAGGGCCCCGGGUCCGCGCCGCCGCCCUUCGCGCACGUCGCUCCCGCGCUCUUUAUCGGGACCGCGCGCGCCGCACGCGCUACGGAGCUGCUCGCCCGGGCGGGCGUCACGCUGUGCGUUAACGUCUCCCGCCAGCAGCCCGGGCCGUGCGCACCCGGCGUGGCCGAGCUGCGCGUGCCCGUGCUCGACGACCCGGCCGAGGACCUGCUGGCGCACCUGGAGCCCACCUGCGCGGCCAUGGAGGCCGCGGUGCGCGCCGGCGGUGCCUGCCUGGUGUACUGCAAGAACGGCCGCAGCCGCUCGGCGGCCGUCUGCACCGCCUACCUCAUGCGGCACGCCGGCUGCAGCCUGGAGCGCGCGUUCCAGAUGGUGAAGACUGCCCGUCCGGUCGCCGAGCCCAACCCGGGCUUUUGGUCUCAGUUGCAGAAGUAUGAGCAGACCCUCCAGGCCCAGACCCACUCGCCCCGGGAUCCAGCUGACCCGGAGUAAGCCGGCUCGGUUCAGCCUCAGUUCUCAGUCCUGCAAGCGGCGCAUCGUAGGCCUGUAGCCUUUGCGAGGGUCGUGCACUGCCAGGAGGUGGUCCUUCCCUCCUUCACCCAUGUUGAGCAAUCGCUUUUCUCCGUCAGGCCUCGGCUUCCCGAAUGCAGCUGGCAUGGUCUUGUUCUAACUCUUAAUGGUACUGCAGGAGAAUCCACGGAGACGGGGACUGAGAUCGCUGUGUGAGGCAGACCGUCCUCCUCUUCCCCCUAAUCAGUUUAAUUUAUGCAUCAGGCUAUGGCCAGAUAUAAACCGGAGUUUUAGACAGAGAAAUACAUGUAGGAAGAUAAGAAGCUGGAGAGCCUAGAACACGAGAUGGUGAGUCAUACCUCCGGAUCCUAGUUGCCUAUCCUAAGAGAACACCCAGAGCCGAUGGCAGCACUUCCCCUGUUCCCUAGGCCUCUCCCUGGCCCCUUCUUAGAACCGAAAAUGAGAUCUGCGGGCAAGAGAGGACCUACCGUUUCCAAGCUUGCAGCUGCUACCCCAUGCAAGAGAAGGAGGGGGACAGGGAGGCUCACCUCCCUCUUGACUUGAUUUGUAUCAACUCUGUGCCUGACCUACCAUCACACAGCCACCAUCAUACCAUCAUACAGUGCAUGGGAGUGUCAAUUGCUCUUACAGUUCAGCCAGCCUCUCCUAGACAUCCUAUGGCCUUGGAGUCCUAGAAAAGUAAUCACUACCUAUGGUCCUUAAAUAGGUAGUGAGGAAAAAGAAAACCCUGGGCAGUGUGGGAGUUACAGAUGGUCACUGGUUAGUGUGUACAAAUACAUAUACAUUGGAUAAAA